ACAUUUUGGUUCUCUAAAAAAAGGUGGAACGGAUGGGAACAGAACAGAACACUCUAUUAAAAAAAAUUACACAGACAAAAUUACCCCUAGGUAUAUACUCUCAUUCACACUUGACUCUUCUCAUUCUCGAUCAAACCUUGUUGGUUCCACCUCGUCACCUCUGCAAUUGUGGCUUCGCAAUUCACCUCGUCACCUCCUGCAAUUCACCUCGUCACCUCCUUCAAGCUAUGGAGAAUGAACCAAAUGGUGAUCCAAAGAAGAGUUGUAGCUGGACUUUGAUAGAAGAGGAGAAUCUUAUGAAUAUUUUACAAGAAUUGGUUGUUGAAGGUCAGAAACAACCAAAUGGAAAAUUUAAUGCAGGAGCACAUGAGACAACUGUCCAAAGAAUGAGAGCUAGAAUGCAAGGUAUUGACAUUACUUCUAAACAUGUGGUGAAUAAGUUGAAACGGUGGAACGCAAAAUAUGUUGCAGUGUUUGACAUGAUAAAUACAAGUGGAUUUGGAUGGGACGAGGCUAGGAAAUGUGUUAUAGUUGAUAGCCCAGAAGUGUUGCAACAAUAUUUAGCGCAUCACCCGAGAGCUCAAAAUGUUGUCAACAAACCUUAUCCUGAAUUUGAGAAGAUGCAAAUCAUAUUUGGAAAGGAUCGUGCUGAUGGUCACAUUGCUGAGUCAUUUGUUGAUGCUGUGGAAAAUACUCAACAGGAAAAUGAUUUAGGCAAUGGGGCCACUCAAGAAGAGAGUGAGAUUCCUAUUAACUCACCUCCACCUGUUAGUGCUCCAGGAUCAUCCUCAGUGUCUCGAGCUUCAAAAAAACGUGCUAGAGAAAAUGAUAGAUUAAUAGCAUGUGUUGAAGCUUUUGCUACAAGUGUUGCAACGGCAAAUAAUAAUAUGACAAUGGUGGCUCAACGCUUUGCACCUCCAAACCAAGAGCAUGACUUGGUUGCAGAUGAACUCAAAAAGAUGAACUUAACUCGUGCUGAUCGUAUUGAAGCAACCAUUAAGAUAGCAAAAUGUCCUACACUUACAGGGUUGUUUCUCAAGAUGGAUGGAGAAGACAGAGAUGAAUUCGUUAAUAACAUUCUCAAGGAUUCCAACUAGAUGCUAUGAAGGAAGACAUUUAUGGAUUUGGUUAUGUUUUUUGGUGCAAACAUUAUUAUGGUGUUUUGAUUUACUUCUUAUUAAAAAUUUUAUUUUAUUUUGGUGACAGUAGAACAAUAUCUAUUGUUAUGAUACUUUUGAUGAAUUGAAAUUUCACUUCAAA